AUGUCGCCUGGCAGCUCGGCGGAGAAUCGCUGCGAUGGUGGACUUCCGGAUUGCCACGGGGCCGACGUAGUCCGCGCAGCUGGGAGCUCGGUCUCGAGCUCGGCCAGCGAUGAGGAAGCCACUGAUGUCGAAACUCCCGUGCUUGCUCUGCUUGAUACUCGUCUCGCACUGCUGGAUGAGGCCUCCCAUAUGAUCUCUCGACAUCUCCGCAGCCUUCUUCAUGCACGCCAGCGCCAUCUCGUACUCGUGGAGUCCGUGGAGCGCUCGGGCUUUCCGGCAGUGGCUUUUCACGUUGGAGAGAUCCAGCUUGAGCGCGUUAUUCGAGUCAGAGAGCGCUUGCUCCGGAUUUCCAAUCCUCAGCAUCGUUUCAGCUCGGUUGGAGAGAGCCACUGCCAUCACCUCGCGAAGAUUGGAGCUGAGAGUGAUGCACUUGGUGUAAGCUUCCGCAGCACCUAUCCAAUCCUUGGACGCGAAGAGCUUGUUGCCUUCCAUCUUGAGCGACGCGGCGCUGGCCUCCUCGGAGAUGGGAGCUGGAAACUCACCGCUCGAGUCGGGUACUGCCAACACCCUCUCGAUGUUGAGAAGAUUGUCCACACGCAGCACCAAAAUCCCUCCUUUCUCCCGCUUGAGCACCGGCUCCUUGAUCGCCACUCUCAUCCCCACUGGAAAUCUCUGCUUCACGCCCGCAUUGCUCGUGUUGGAGACCGCCACAUUGUACACGGACAGCAGCACCGCGCGCUCGCUCGCGUCUUCCAGCACCGUGUGGAUGCCCUGGCUCUUGAAAGCCUCGCCACACAGCGUCCCAAAGAGCGCACACCCUGUGUGAUGCUUCCCCGGCUUGAGAUCCGCGAGUCCGAUCGGCUGGAGCUUGUGGAGUGGCGGAGCUGCUGGCUGCGACAUUGGCUCCACGGCCACUGCCCCGAUCUUACCUCGCGUCGCGUGGAUUUCCAGCACGCGUGCCUUGAUCAGCCAUUCCUCCAUUGGGAAAAUGUAGCUCCUACCUUAAACCCUAAAAAUGUGGAGGGAGGAAGAGCCCUAAAAAUGGCGCUCUCUCCAUGCGCUUGUGGCUACCAGGUCAGUUCGCGGGCAUUUCAUUGCGAGCCGCGAAAUCUUCGUCUUCUCUCCGGAUGCUCGAUUCCACGGCAACGACGAUGGCAAUGCUCAUCGCUGGGAAUUGAAAAUCCGGUCUUGUCCGAGGAGCAGCAGCAGCGUACUCUCACACAUUCUCCGAUUUUGGAGUGGAACGAUGCCUUGAGUUGCUGCGAGCCUCAUGGCCAGCACAGGCUGAGAGUAGCAGUGCUCGUGAGUGGAGGAGUGGAUAGUAGUGUGGCAUUGCGGCUACUCUGUGCGGCUGGACACUCGUGCACUGCCUUCUAUAUCAAGAUCUGGUUCCAGGAGGAUUUCCAAAACUUCUGGUCGUCUUGUCCAUGGGAGGAAGACUUGAAGUAUGCUCAAGACGUGUGUGACGAGGUGGGAGUGAAGCUGGAGAUCGUCCAUUUGACUGAUGUCUACUGGAACAAGGUUGUCUCCAAAUGCAUCACGGAAGUUCGGGCCGGGAGGACUCCAAAUCCUGAUAUCAUGUGCAACACCGUUGUCAAGUUUGGUGCUUUUCUGGAUCACAUUGACAGGACUAAGUUCGAUCGAGUUGCCUCCGGUCAUUAUGCUCGAGUGGAGCGGUAUGUGGAUGAGCAGGGGACAAUACGUGCACGACUAAAGCUAUCAAAAGAUGAAGUCAAGGACCAGACUUACUUUCUCUCGCAGCUCUCGCAGGAGCAACUGGGAUUUCUUAUGUUUCCUUUAGGCAGUCUGGCGAAGCCUGAGGUCCGUCAACUUGCUCAUUCUCUGAAUCUUCCAAACAAGGAUCGGAAAGAUUCACAAGGCAUCUGCUUCCUUGGCAAGGUCAAAUUCAGUGACUUCAUAUCCAGACACCUUGGCGAAAAGGAAGGUCUUCUCAUCGAGGCCGAGACCGGAAAAACAAUGGGCAAACACAAAGGAUUCUGGUUCUACACAAUCGGCCAGAGGCGUGGUAUUAGUCUCUCACACGGACCGUGGUACGUUGUGGCAAAGGACUCGGAGAAAAAUCUGGUUUAUAUUUCAAGGCAUUACUUUUCCGGGGAUAAGAAGAGACGAAACUUCUACGUUGAUAAUUUGAGCUGGUUUUCAACGAUACCCGACCCCAGUUGUCCGAUAAAAUGCAAGGUCCGUCACGGUCCCAGUUUUCACGACUGCGAGCUCGAGGUUGAACGGGAGAAGCAGGGUGCCCGUGUGAAACUGCUACACAACGAUCAAGCUCUAGCAGCCGGUCAGUACGCAGCGUUUUAUGCUGGAGAGACUUGCCUGGGGUCUGGCAUGAUCACGGAAUCGAUGGACGAUUUAGAGUCGUGCACAGUCUCCGCUCGAGCUUUGGAAGAUGGUAGACCAACACUUGGCGUGGUGAAGCAAGACGAACACACUAAAUCGCUGCCACUCGGGACUACUGUGGCACGGCUGAUCGUGGACAAGCUGCUGGUGCCAUCUGUGAGGAAAUUGGAGCAGAUUCUCGCUAAGAUCUUGACACACCACCACAGUGAUCCAUAGCUCGAGCCGGAUUGACUCGACAGGCGCAGCGAAGCAAUGCUCUUCUGUCCUCUGGCGUUGGGAUUCUCCAAAGGCUGCUAGACUCGCCGGCUGGCUGCUUCAAAAUGGCAAAGACAUGGGCCCUCGCUCGCCACCGAGCUGGAAAGCAAGCUAUAAGCGAAAGACUGCUAGAAAGGCUUUGAGACAAUCCACCAUGUUUACCAAGUAAGACUUGUUCGUCUUCGUUGUUUCAGUUAACUGUUCCAUGGCCGCCAUUAAUAGUUUUUGCGAUCGCUGUGAAUGCAAGAGAAAGAAAAGAAAAAGAAAUUUUUUCCGGAGAUCUCAACGGAAACAAAAGGAAAGAACAAGAGCUUCCUAACGACCGAUCCAAGGCAACGAUUGCAUCUCGGAUUCUCCAACAGCAUCGAUCGUCAGCAGCAGCAGCAGCAGCAGCGCAAGAACUCGACGCGACGCGAUGGGCCUUCUUCUUGUUCUUGGUGGAGGGGCGCAUUUCCAUUCCCGUCCAUCGCCAUGGUUCGUUAUGGCUAACCUUCGACACACCAAGAAAUAGGCCGCGCAGCGGCACAAAACGAGAGAGAAAGAAAAAACAAGACGAACGAACUCAAACCAAACCAAUCCAAAUGGUUUUAUAAAAUUCCAUUCCUCUA